CUUAUAUUUUGUAUAUACCACACUCGAAAUAUAUUUUGAAUAUAAUACACACACAAAGGCAUCAAUUUUAAGGAUCAAUGAAGUGGAUUACUUUCCAGAUAUCACUCUGUGCAAUAUUCGUAACCAAGCAAAUUCACGAUUUUUUACCAAUGACGGGAAUUUAACGAUAUAUGCCCAGAGAAUCAGAAAAUACAUGACAUCUGCUCUAUAUAAAUUACAUGAUUUAUUUGAUGCAGAUAUAACAAGUGACUUGACAACAAUAGGGAUGUAUGAUUUGGAAAAAUUAUUUAUCACAACAAUAAACAAAGUAGGAGCGAAUCAAAAAAACUUGACAAGAUCUGAACAGAAAGUCUUGGAAUCUCUCACAGAUUUUAGAAGUUACUUUACAAUGUUUAAUUCAAGUGAGAGAGAAGAUAUGGGUCACCAGAAGCAUGACAUCAUAAAACAAUGCCGUGUGCUUAAAUGGUUAGAAACAGAUGAAGAAGACUGUAACGUGGAAUCAAUCAUACUUUACCAAGACAUGAAGUACAUCAACUGUUAUACAGUUCAACUUCAGAAACAGGUAACAAACAAGACACGUGGGAUCUCAACUGUUCUCUAUAUGACACCACAUAACUUUGCAGUAUUGGAAAGUAUUCCAGAGAAAAUCCCACAAGACAGUGGGAUAGUGGUCUUUAUACACCAACAUAACACCAUGCCUUUUGGUGCCCCGAGCUUCACAGCGGCUCCUGGAUUUAAGACCAUGGUUAACAUUGACGUCACAAACACUAUCACUCUACCAGCUCCCUUUACAAACUGUGUUCAAGAAAGAAAAUUAAAUUUCACUAAAUAUAAUGGUGAUGAAUUUGUGUAUGACAAAGAGCCCUGUGUGGCCCAGUGUGUACAAGAGCAGGCCCUAAAACAAUGUAAGUGCCUUAAUGCAGAUUUUCCUCCAUUACCCAAUGCAUCAUACUGCACAGACCUUACAUUAGACAGCAAAUUGUAUGAAGCUAAUAUUGCUUGCAUGCAUACAGCACUGCCUACUGCCGAAACAAAGCCUUGUCUAAAACAGUGCCCAAGUAAGUGUAACCAGUAUAUAUAUAAUUACAAACUGAGCCAAUCAACAUGGCCACAAGAAAUGAGUCAUCUUGGAAUAUAUAAAACCUACAUACGAGGCACACAAUAUGAAAGUGAAUUCACAGACUAUGAAGCACUUCUUAAAGAAAAUGCCCCAAACCUUACAAAUAAAGAAAGGUAUGACAAAUUAAGAACACUAUCUACAAUAAAAGACACGUUUGUAAAGCUUGAAAUUGGUCUCACUGACAAAGAUGUAAUACAGUUCAAGGAUACUCCACAACUAACAAAGUUUGAUAUUUGGAACACUGUCGCUUCGACUUUUAUUUUUUGGAUUGGAUUCACAUUUUUUUCCAUCAUGGAGAUCAUUGAAUGUGCAUUUCAUGUUGCGAUAGGCUACAUGUUUCAUGGUGGCAGGACCCGUGAACAUCCAGAUAAAAGAAAACAGGUGGAGAUGGGAGAUAAAGGUGACAACAAUACAAAGUACUAGUCACUCCUCUCAUUGCAAGCACAUCAGAAAGCCUACACUUUUUCAUGGACUGAGUUGAUGUAAAAGUCACAGGUACGCUGAAAGUUAUUUCCAGAGUACCUGAGUAUACCUGUCACCUGUCAUCAGAGAUGGUUUCAUAUAAAUUGAGCUGACGCUAUGGAUGUAAUUUUAUCUGCUAUGUAAAUGUACAGUAUUAUAUAUAAAUUAAUUAUUAUAAAACUACUCUGCCUCGUAUAUUUUUUAGCAUUAUGCAGACAAUCGAUAGAGACAAAGAGAGACUUCAAAGACAUACAGCCUCUUGUUCAGAUAUUGUAAUCUAAGCUUUUGUUGUAAAUAAAUUAGUAUAUGGAUUCUACACUGCACAACAAGACUACAAUUCUGAGCUCGAUUUAUAAGCUUCUCAUUAUCUGAAUUACUUCAUUCCUACAACAUAAAAUGCACACACUGUGUUUCCAAUGGAGGGUAUACUUGUCCCAUAACUGUUGUAAUUGCACAUAAACAGUGGAUGUCUUAAAAU